GAUACGCGUGGCAGAGGAGGAGAGACACCUAUACAGAGGAGGAAAGAUUUGGAUUUAGCUAAAACUCAGCUAGGACGGGUAUGUUCAAAAUGACAUUUAGGCAACUUUUUCCCUCAUCAUGAAUAUCUCAUCUCCUCCUACUGGUUUCUAUUCCUGAGCAUAACACGUCUCCAACAUGCCAUGCAGAGGGAUUUGCGAAUGAAUGACUCAGCCAUGCAACAGAAUGACAGUGCACAGACCCUGGCACCAGAGGUUUGUGAGCAGGUGCUGGAGGAUAAUGCAGGACUGGGUUACGGUGGCUCUACUGGUAACCUGUCGCUGCGGUGCUGGCUGUACUUCUUAAGCAAGGAAUCUAUCCUGGAACUACAGGGCGAUGGCUCCAGCAUCACAGUGCGUGUGAUGAUAGCUCUGGUGUACUCCGUCGUGUGUGCACUGGGGCUAGUGGGGAACUCUCUGGCACUCUACCUGCUUCACUCACGCCACAGUCAGAAGCAGUCUUCCAUCAACUGCUUUGUAAUGGGCUUGGCUCUCACAGACCUACAGUUUGUUCUCACGCUCCCUUUUUGGGCUAUUGACACGGCUCUGGACUUCCGCUGGCCCUUCGGCAAAGUAAUGUGUAAGAUCAUCAGCUCCGUGACCGUCAUGAACAUGUACGCCAGCGUCUUCUUCCUGACUGCCAUGAGUGUGGCACGGUACUACGCGGUGACCACGGCCCUCAAGAUGCACAGCAGGCGGGCAGCGGCGGCUGGUGCCAAGUGGAUCAGCCUGGGCAUCUGGGUAGUGUCGCUGCUGGCCACCCUGCCCCAUGCCAUAUAUUCCACCAGUGCCCAGCUGUAUGACGAGGAGCUGUGUUUGGUGCGAUUCUCUGAGUCGGGCAGCUGGGACCCUCAGCUGCUCCUGGGGCUGUACCAGCUACAGAAGGUACUGCUGGGCUUUGUCAUCCCCUUGGUGGUCAUCACUGUGUGUUACCUGCUGCUGCUGCGCUUCGUGCUGAGCCAACGCAUCAGCGGAGCGACCUGCUCGGAGGGCUCGGAAGGCCGCCACAAGCACCGCUCCAAAGUCACCAAGUCGGUGGCCAUCGUGGUGCUGUCCUUUUUUCUGUGCUGGCUGCCCAACCAGGCGCUGACGCUGUGGGGCGCGCUGAUUAAGUUUGACCUGGUGCACUUCAGCAACGCAUAUUACAACGUCCAGAACUACACCUUCCCUCUGACUGUAUGUCUGGCUCACACCAACAGCUGCCUCAACCCCGUGUUGUACUGCAUAAUUCGCCGUGAGUACCGCGCAGGCCUCAAAGAGCUGCUGCUGCGCGCCACACCCUCCCCAAGGAGCCUGGCCAACCUGCUGCCCCACAAGGCCAAGGUGGCAGAGGCUCCCCCUGACAUGGUGCUGGUCCAGAUGGAUGUUAUAGGCAUUUCAUGAAAUUUGUUUGUUGUGAUUGACGGAACAGCACCAUCACAAGGAAUGCCCAUUGGGAUGUGCCCUAUUUUCUUUCCCCCUACUCAGAUUCUCUUUGCCAGAUGUGUUUUUCAUCUGUCUCCUCCGGUGCUUCUCUGCCUCUUAAGAACUUGUGCUGCCUUCCCGUAAUUUGUCAUGAAUAUGUAACACGUAGCACUCAUGUCAGCGGUCUCAAUGAGUUCAAACCAUAAUGCUUCACCUUCUGCUUUGUACCUGCCAGAUAACAGACACAAGUCGCCAUUCCACCUAUGAUCUCCAUCAAUUAUCCAUUUGUUUUCACUCAUUUGAAUUGGGGAAUUUGCACUCAAUAGAACAGACUUUCUGCUGCUUAUUCUAUUCACGAGAUGAUGAAUAGAUGGGAGACUGUCCCGUAGGACGCAAGAGUUUAUUCAGAUACCACACACUAUCGUCUGUGCAGGGUGUUAUUGUCAUGCAGUUUAGUACCUUGUUAUUGCAUUUGGUCAUGCCCUCCUAUGCUAUAACUGUUCUUGGUAGGUGUAUAGAUCCUUUAAUUCAUCAAACUAAACAUGAACUCAAUUAUAAUCUAUUGAUAUGGUUCAUUUUAUAUCAUUUUGAUUGGUGUUAUUGUUAUUACCACAGCCAUGUUGGCA